AAUGCGAAGCUUCUCUCUCAAGAAACCGGAAGUUGUUGUUGCGGCGAUUUGCUGUAGGUUUCAUCACCACGUGAUAAACUAUUUAGGCGGCUGUCAAAUUGUUAAAUAAACAUAUAGAAAGGAUGAUUCCUUUAACGAUUAACGAAAAAACCGCAUCUGCAGCAGUACUGCUUACUGCCGAACUUGUUAAAGAUAAAUGCUCUUUGGAAGUGAAAGAGGGUGAAAACACUGAGUUAUGCGUCUCCGAUUCUACUUUUUCUUCUACGAACUCUAUUAUACGAUAUUUGGCAAGAGUCUGUGAGGACCCUAAACUUUAUGGAAGUACUCCAAUUGAAUCAGCUGAGGUUGACAAUUACUUGGAAUACGCUCAUGAGCUACUUGAGAACAAGUGUACUGAUGAAAUUUUGAAAACACUAAAUUCUCGACUUGCUUCAAGAGCUUUCCUCGUUGGAAGAUCUACAACAAUCGCCGAUUGUGCCAUUUGGGAUGCUUUAACAAGAAAUUUGUCUCUAACUACUGGAUUUCCCAACGUCUCUAAAUACUUAAAGAUGAUGAUAAAGAAGAAGGUCUUUUCAAAUAUUGCCUCGAAGAAAAAUAUCACCCUUCCUGGUGCGGCUAACAAUGAGGGAGCUAAAAAAGAAAGAAAAGGGGAAGAAGGAAAAUUUGUCCCUCUUCCGGGAGCAAAGAAGGGAGAAGUUGUUGUUAGAUUUCCGCCAGAAGCCAGUGGAUAUCUUCACAUUGGACAUGCAAAGGCUGCUCUCUUGAACCAAUAUUAUCAAAUCUCAUUUGAAGGAAAGUUGAUUAUGAGAUUUGACGAUACCAAUCCGGCUAAGGAAAGUUCUGAAUUUGAGCAAGUUAUCCUUGAGGACUUGAAAUUACUUGGUAUUAAGCCUGAUGUUUUCACUCAUACCUCUGAUCAUUUCGAUCUAAUAAGUGACUUUUGUGUCAAAAUGAUGAAGGAGGGUAAGGCAUACGCAGAUGAUACCGAACCCGAGGAGAUGAAAAAGCAAAGAGAAACUAGAACUGAGUCUAAGAAUCGUACUAACAGUUUGGAAAAAAAUUUGUCAAUGUGGGAGGAAAUGAAAAAGGGUUCGAGUUAUGGUAAAACUUGCUGUAUACGAGCAAAAAUUGAUAUGCAGUCUAAUAACGGUUGUUUGAGAGAUCCAACAAUGUAUCGCUGUAAGGAAGAGGCUCAUGUUCGCACUGGCACUAAAUACAAGGUUUAUCCAACCUACGAUUUUGCAUGUCCUAUAGUCGAUUCUGUAGAAGGUGUCACUCAUGCAUUGAGAACUACCGAAUAUCGUGAUCGCGAUGCUCAAUAUGAGUGGUUCCUUAAUGCCAUGAAGAUUCGUAAACCUAUUGUGUAUGAGUAUGCUAGAUUAAAUCUGCAAAAUAUAGUUAUGUCGAAAAGAAAACUUACGUGGUUUGUAGAAGAAGGUAUUGUUGAAGGAUGGAAUGAUCCUAGAUUUCCAACUGUUAGAGGAGUUUUACGUCGAGGAAUGACUGUAGAGGGUUUGAAACAGUUUGUUAUAGCUCAAGGCUCUACCAAAUCUGUAAAUUUCAUGGAGUGGGAUAAAAUAUGGGCAUUCAACAAGAAGGUUAUAGACCCAAUAGUUCCUCGUUAUACCGCGCUUUUGAAAGAUGAUUUAAUAAAAGUCAACAUCAACGGCGUGACUGAGAACGAAGCAGUAGUUGACGCUCAUCCUAAAAAUAAGGAAGCUGGAACUAAAACUGUGUUUAGAACUAAAACUGUCCUUAUCGAACAGGAGGAUGCAUUGCGAUUCAAAGAGAACGAAAAUGUGACGUUCGUCAAUUGGGGUAAUGUUAUGAUAAAGUCGAUCAAGAAAAGUGGCGAUCGCAUAGUGUCUGUCGAUGGCGAUCUCAAUCUGGAGGAUACAAACUACAAAAAAACUAUAAAGAUUACAUGGCUUCCCCAAACUGAGAAGGAGGAAAUAAUUCCAAUCACUGCUCACCAUUACGAUCACCUAAUAACUAAAGGAGUCUUGGAUAAAAACGAUGAUUUCAAAAAUUUUAUAAACAGAAACUCGAAGAAAGAAAUCCACUUUUUAGGUGAAUCAAUGAUUGGUAAACUAAAAAAAGGGGAUAUUAUUCAAGUCCAAAGAAAGGGAUAUUACAUUGUUGAUGUUCCAUAUGAACCAAUGAGCAGACACAGCAGUCGUUGUCAACCAGCAGUUUUGAUACUUGUUCCUGAGGGAAACCAGGAAAAACAAGAAGGACAAAUCGGUUCAAAAAAAGUUAAAGAAAGCAAAGGAGGAAAAAGUAAAGAAGCAAAUCAAGAGAAAAAACAGGCUGCUACAAGUAGUUCUGGCAACGCUGUUGAUCUUAAUGAAAAAAUUUCCUCUCAAGGAAACAAGAUUCGCGAUUUGAAGAGCAAGAAAGCUGAUAAAGGAACAAUCGAUGCCGAAGUUAAGAUUUUACUGGCACUUAAAGCAGAAUAUAAAUCUGCAACCGGAAGCGAUUGGAAACCAGGAGCAGCUCCACCAAAAGCUGCUUCUGCUUCAGCUGCUUCAACAGGGGGAGAUGCAUCAGCUCUAAAUGAUAAAAUCACUGAGCAAGGCAACAAGAUUCGUGACUUAAAGAGCAAGAAAGCUGAUAAAGGAACAAUCGAUGCCGAAGUUAAGACUUUACUGGCACUCAAAGCAGAAUACAAAUCUGCAACCGGAAGCGAUUGGAAACCAGGAGCAGCUCCACCAAAAGCUGCUGCUUCGGCUGCUCCGACAGGAGGAAAUGCAUCAGCUCUAAAUGAUAAAAUCACUGAGCAAGGCAACAAGAUUCGUGACUUAAAGAGCAAGAAAGCUGAUAAAGGAACAAUCGAUACUGAAGUUAAGACUUUACUGGCACUUAAAGCAGAAUACAAAUCUGCAACCGGAAGCGAUUGGAAACCAGGAGCAGCUCCACCAAAAGCUGCUUCUGCUUCAGCUGCUUCAACAGGGGGAGAUGCAUCAGCUCUAAAUGAUAAAAUCACUGAGCAAGGCAACAAGAUUCGUGACUUAAAGAGCAAGAAAGCUGAUAAAGGAACAAUCGAUGCCGAAGUUAAGACUUUACUGGCACUCAAAGCAGAAUACAAAUCUGCAACCGGAAGCGAUUGGAAACCAGGAGCAGCUCCACCAAAAGCUGCUGCUUCGGCUGCUCCGACAGGAGGAAAUGCAUCAGCUCUAAAUGAUAAAAUCACUGAGCAAGGCAACAAGAUUCGUGACUUAAAGAGCAAGAAAGCUGAUAAAGGAACAAUCGAUGCCGAAGUUAAGACUUUACUGGCACUCAAAGCAGAAUACAAAUCUGCAACCGGAAGCGAUUGGAAACCAGGAGCAGCUCCACCAAAAGCUGCUGCUUCGGCUGCUCCGACAGGAGGAAAUGCAUCAGCUCUAAAUGAUAAAAUCACUGAGCAAGGCAACAAGAUUCGUGAUUUAAAGAGCAAGAAAGCUGAUAAAGGAACAAUCGAUACCGAAGUUAAGACUUUACUGGCACUUAAAGCAGAAUAUAAAUCUGUUACAGGAAAUGAUUGGAAACCACCAGCACAAAGUUCUUGUGGUAAUAAGCCACAAAAGAAAGAAAUUAGGAAGGAAAGUGAAAAAAAAGCUGCUACUGGCGCAGGUGAAAGUGGUGGAAAAAAAGUAACUCGUUUGGGACUAGAGGUUGAAAAGGAUGAUUUAUCAGAGUGGUACUCUCAAGUUAUUACAAAGUCUGAAAUGAUUGAAUAUUAUGAUGUGUCUGGUUGUUAUAUUCUUCGCCCAUGGGCAUUUGGUAUUUGGGAAUCCAUUCAAGCCUCCUUUGAUACCUCAAUCAAGAAACUAGGUGUUGAAAACUGCUAUUUCCCUAUGUUUGUAUCGAAUGCAGCAUUACAAAAGGAAAAAGAUCACAUAGCUGAUUUUAGUCCUGAAGUAGCAUGGGUAACAAAAUGUGGAAGUUCAGAAAUGGCAGAGCCAGUAGCAAUUCGUCCUACAAGCGAAACUGUUAUGUAUCCAUCAUAUUCUAGAUGGGUUCAGUCUCAUAGAGAUUUACCUAUUAAACUUAACCAAUGGUGCAACGUUGUACGAUGGGAAUUUAAACACCCUCAACCAUUUUUGAGAACGCGUGAAUUUCUCUGGCAAGAAGGACAUACUGCUUAUGCUAAUAAAGAAGACGCCGUUAAAGAAGUGUAUCAAAUUCUUGAAUUAUAUGCUGGUAUCUACGAGGAUCUUUUGGCCAUACCUGUUGUCCGAGGGCGAAAGACUGAAAAAGAGAAAUUUGCUGGUGGGGAUUUCACUACAACAGUUGAAGCCUAUGUUCCUGCAUCUGGAAGAGCUAUACAAGGAGCAACAAGCCAUCAUUUGGGACAAAACUUUUCGAAAAUGUUUAACAUUUCUUUCGAAGAUCCAGUAACUGGGGAAAAACAAUUUGCUUAUCAAAAUUCUUGGGGUCUUACAACUAGAACUAUUGGCGUUUUGGUAAUGGUUCAUGGAGAUAAUAAAGGUCUCGUUCUCCCUCCAAGACUUGCCAAAUAUCAAGCUGUUAUAAUUCCUUGCGGAGUUACUGCCAGCUUAAAGCCGGCUGAAAAGAAGGAUCUGUAUGAUACCUGUAGCAAACUUACAGAUCAGCUGAAUGCUUCUGGUAUAAGAACUAAGUGCGAUUUGAGAGAAAACUACAGCCCAGGCUGGAAGUUUAAUAAUUGGGAAUUGAAGGGUGUUCCCCUACGUAUUGAAAUAGGACCUAGAGAUAUGAAAAAUAAUGAGAUUGUUGUAGUACGAAGAGAUAAUUCCAUAAAGGCGACAGUUAGCAAUAACGGCGUAGAGAAGAGUUUAGCAAGCUUACUGGAGACCAUUCAAAAAGACAUGUUCAGCAAAGCUUUUAAAGAAAUGUGGAACAACAUCACUACAACAAAAAGCUUCGAUGAAUUCUGUUCAAUGCUGGAUAGGAAAAAGUUGAUAAUGUCACCAUUUUGUGGUGAAAUCGAUUGCGAGGAUACCAUUAAGAAGUUGAGUGCUAGAGAGGCAGUCGUUGAGGAAGGAGCACCAGCAAUGGGAGCCAAAGGUUUAUGUAUUCCCCAACAGCAGCCAGCGGAGUUUAUUGAGGACGGAAAACUUUCUCCGGGAAUGUUUGAAAGAUUAUUCAAUGGACUCAACAGUUUCUAUGCUGGAAUACCUGAAGACUUCUUAAAACUAUUUACUAAAUAUAAUUAUUAUUUAAAUGAAGUGAGAUUCAGUGAUGAAAACAUGCAAAGUAAAGAAUCUCUGAAAAUUCUGAAACAAAUACAUAUCCAAAAUUUGAACAUUGAGUCUCUGAAAUUGGUAACGCUUGAGGAACUAAUGGAUUAUGUAAAUGAAGAUGAAUUAAAAGGCCUAUCAAUUCAUGGAUGUAGAUUUUUACCUGACAAAAAGCUUGUGGAGCAAGUUGAGGGACAAGCAGGAAUUUCGUAUCCUGAGUUUCUGAAGGAUUAUCCUUCUCUUAAAAAUUUGACAAAAUUGAAUGUUCAAUAUACUUGCAUGAAAAACAUUCAGUUUUUUUUCAUUACAAAAGAAAUUCGCAGCUUGACAGAUGUUAAUAUUAGCGGUACUUUCAUUUCUGAUAUUCGCCUCUUGAAAAAACAAACCAAUCUGCAAUAUCUUAACUGUUCUGAUCUGAAAUCCAGCGCUAAAAAGCAUUUUAUUCAUCUGCAUUGUCUGAAGAAACUUGAGCGUCUAAGGUUUGGCAAUUGGUCUAUGUACAAGCGUGGAGGAAGAAUUUCUUGGUCAAACGAGAUCAAUUUACAAAUUGCAAAGUUUUUGACCAGAGAAGAAAAAGUAGAAUACAUUGCAGUUCCAGAGCGAUUUCGAUCAAAGCAUAGUUGGGAUAUUUCUGAAUUUCUAACUUUAGCUGGUUGGAAAAAUUUGAAAUUUUUUGACUUGGUAGGAGAUUGGGAACCCUCCUCGUCAAGUGUUCUAAAAUUUAUUACCAAUCAUAGUAAACUAAAAUAUUUCGGGAUACCAUCAACAUUGGAUAGCGUUUCAAUUAACUCCGAUAUAAGAAGAAACAUUUCUGAUUAUGGUGACAUUCGCCGUUAUGAAAGGAUCCAUGGAAGAAAUGAAAUGUCACUUUUGAUAUUAUAUGAUGAGGAGGGCCACCCUGUCCAUAAUUGUGAACUAAGAGACGCUUACGAUGCUAAUGCAUUUGUAUUUGACAAUUAUGGAAAUAUUGCUAUUCCUGAUUUAGAGAAGUUUAAAAAUAAUUAUUCCAGCGAAAAGAAUUUAGAGCUUUGUGAACAACUAGCAGAGGAAUUGUUAUUUGAAAAAUACAUUUACUUUGGUUCUAAACUUAUUUUUGGUGAAGCAUGUCUAAAAAUUCUCUGUUUGGAUAUUAUGAAAUCAGAACACUUUUUGACAAUAAUUGAGCUGAUUGCUGAAACAUAUUUACAUAGAUAUAACUAUUUGACUGAACCUAUAGAUUUUUUAUUUAUAGUAGUUCUUGAAAAAUAUAACAGCUAUUUCAAAAUGGUAUCGAACGUUAGCCUAAUCUAUCGGAGGAUAUUUACGGCACCUGAAUCAUACGGAACUUUUCAAUCCUAUUAUAGUCUUAUUUACUAUUUAACAAGCUUUCUUAGUCAAUUAGACUUUGCUAAAAUAUCAAAGGAAGAAUUAGUUGGCCUUUGUGGAGGAAUGAAAAGGAUACAGUUUUGGAAGAGAAUAGAUCAAUGUGAAAAAUUAUACAAACGGUUUUAUAUUAUAUUAAUAAAUAUACUUAAUGCCUGCAAAGAAAGAUUUGGGUGGAAUAUGAGAAAUUUGCCAAAAUACUUUGAUCCACUCAUAAGAAAAUCAUCAGAUAGAUAUUUUAAUCAGCGUUUACACCAACAAAUAGCCAAGUAUAAUAACUACGAUGAACAUGAAUUCGAUGAAGAGAGCCCAUCUGAAAGUGAAGAUUCUAUUGAUUUUCUGUUAAACUUAUUUUAG